GAAACCAAUUUAUUGUAAAAAGAAUAUAGAAUUUUUUAAAGAUUAAAAGUCAUGAGUAAAAUUAAAACAGUAGACUCUGAUAAGUCUUCCGCAUUUUCAGAGAAUUUUUUCUCGUUCAAGCGUUACUUUCUUAAUAACUUGGAUUCAUAUCAUGGAGAAUAUAUUCUCAAUGAGGUGAUCAAGAUAGUUGCACAAAAGACAAUCGCGGACGCUUCCAAACAUACAUCUGUGACCGUGCUUGCUGAAGAUGCAGAACCAGCUGCGCCGUUACCUCCGGAACAACCAUAUGAAAUAUUUGGAACCGUUAGUAACCCCAAGACUAAAAGUAUAGAUAACGUCACCAGAAUAGUAUCCAAAGAAGAAUGUCUGCCUCACAUGCUGACUUGUGGAACUGUGGUCCUGGACAUAGGGCUCGAUAUCGACGAGCUAAAACUUACCAUGGAUUAUUUAACUCUUCUAAAAGAAUUGUUUGAGAAACAAGCACCUGCGUCAACGGUGGGGCCGACUUCAGAUAUGGAUGACGCUGCUGGCGACACGAUGACCAAAAAGCGGUUCUUGAUAUUAAUUUCUACGGUUAUGACAUGGGGAUUUACCAAGCCUUUGGAUCCGGAUACCCCGGAGAUGCCAUUUAUUGAAACAGAUUUUAGAAAACGAAAACCCCAUUCAAAUUAUAAAAUGCAUUACGAUAUAGAAAAUGAAGUUAUAUUGUUAGCUAGAAAGAAUAAAUCUCAAAUAGGGGCUUUAGUAGUGUGUCCUGGUGUCACCUAUGGCGGCCGUGAGGAUGUUCUGUUCUACUGGUUCCAGAAGGCUUGGGAAUGCGAACGGCUCUUGCCAAUACUCGGCCGCGGUGGAAAUGUCGUGCCACUGAUAAAUGUCGUCGAUUUAGCACAAAUUAUAUACAAUUUACUUAUAGAUUUUCCGAAAAAGCUUUACAUUUUGGCUGUCGAACAAAACAUCACUAAACAAAAGGAGAUAAUAAAACCGCUAGGGCGCAUUGUCGGGACAGGGAUGUUUAAAUGUAUACCGAAGGAAGAUGCUUUCUUGAUACCCGAAAUUGACCAAAGAAUUUAUGAUCUAAUGACUCUCAAUUUAAAUAUGGAGCCAACAUUCAUUGUGGAGACAAUGGGCUUGCAGUGGGUAUCGGAGGCCACCUUCGCGGAAAACGUUCCGGCACUUAUCAAACAAUUUAAGAAAGAAAGAGGACUUAAACCUUUCAAAGUCGUAAUUUAUGGACCUCCGAUUGUAGGAAAAACUACAUUGUCAAAAUUAAUUUGUGAGGCUUACGGGUUGGUGUACAUUUCUCCAGAGACUGUUGCCCAAGAUAUUUUAGAAGAUUUGACAUGGCGCGUCGCUCACUGGGACGUGGGUGAGAUGUCGGCUCUAGCAAUGCCCACUGGAGAAGAAGAGGAACCUGCGACCGCAGACGAUGACGCCGGGGAAGAGGAAGCAGUGCAAGAAGCGGCGCGCACUGCACUAGCCGUUUUGCAAUCUGGGAGGGCCUUUAGCGACGAAGAAAUUAUGGGAUAUUUGCGACAGAGGCUCCUAAGUCGCGAAGCUAUGAACAGGGGUUGGGUACUUGAUGGCUUUCCCACUUCGUUGACGCAGUGCGCUGCUUUGUUUGAAAAGGGUGAUGAGCAAGAUUCCGAUACUGGAGAAGAACACGAAGAAGAAGAAGGGUUUGAUGAAGAUACAGAUUUAUAUAGUAACGUUUUGAAGAAAAUGUUGCCUGAUAUUGUGGUCUCACUAGAAGCUACUGAUGACUUCAUUUGCGAGAAAGCAAUGCGGCAGCCGGAAGGCGAUGCUAGAUUGGAUGAAGAAACAGUCCUCAGGCGUUUGAGCGAAUUCAGAGCAGGAGAUGCUCGAGACAUCACCCCACUUAAUUUCUUUGACGAGUUAGACAUACACCCUCUUGUAGUGCCAGUGAAAGAACAUACAGAUUAUUGUAUGAAAAAUACAUAUGCCGCUGUGGCUUUGCGCAUGGGAAGGCCUUGUCGCUAUGGAAAACUUAUGGCGCUCAUUGAAGCUGCAGAGAAGAAAGAAAAGUUGGAACUUGAAACACUUCGUGCGAAAGAAGCAAAAGUGCUAAAAGAGUUAGAAAAGAAACUCAAAGAAGAGCGUGAAGACAAAAUGGAAUAUUGGUCUGAGCUUUACGCCGUGAUGCGUGAAGAAGAGGAAGCCGCGUUAGCAGCGGCUGGAGAGCCCAUGCGAAACUAUCUGGUCCACAACAUCUUCCCAACUCUCACUGCAGGACUUUUGGAAGUCGCUAAGCUGCGACCUGCCGACCCUAUAGACUUUCUUGCGGAGUAUUUAUUCAAGCUAAAUCCUAGUGGGAAAAUGCUUGAACCGGGGUACAAUUUACAAGCAGAAAAAAUUUUGGGCAAGAUUAAAAUUUUAGACGAUGCACUAAAAGACCUUGACAUCAAAAUAGACCCUCUACUCCCUCCAGAAGCAGAUACAGAAGUGGCAGGUCCCUCUAAACGUAAUAUUAGAAGUAUGAGUGCCCUGUAAAGAAAUAUUUUAGCUUUUAUUGAAGUUUUGCCCAAACAAGUAUUAAAAUACCUUUGAGCUGAUGGCUACAGUAUAGUUUUAUAUCACCAAUGAUGGAAUGAAUUGGGUUGAUUGGUUCGUAUUUAUUUCAAUUGAUUACCGCGAAAGGGAUUAAUUAUUUUGACCCUGAGUAAAAAUAUA